CAUGAUCAUUCUAGUUACACAAACACAUGAUAAAUUCUAAUUAAGAGUGUAUUAGUAUUUUGUGUUGUGAUAACAUACUUAUAACGUUCACAUGUGACUGAGUUUAUAAGGUUAGGGAUAAAGGUGAUCGUUUCUAGCUCCGGUUUGUAACUAACGACGUUAAAUGCAUUGGAGAACAAAGUGGUCUGUGCUGUUAAGAGUGGUAAGAGUUGAAUGCGUUCUAUUUCGACUAAAUAUUUAGGUUGCAUGGAUAUCAAGUUGAGUCGUACGAAAGCUUUUUACAAUCACAUUAAAGGCUAAUCGCAAUUAAUUCACUUACCUACCAAAGCCCACGUAAGGGAAAAGCUACAGUGACUUUCUCCUUUUAUGUUUUAUACUUUUUAAUUUAUGUCAAUAUCACACAUGCAGAAAAAGUUCUUUUUAUUUCCCACUUUGUUUUGUUUUAUAAUCUUGUCAAGAUACACAAGUCUUCUUGUUUCGUUAUUUAUUUUCGUGUGCGUUAUUUUCAUUGUUCAAUUUAAAAUGGGAAAGUCUAUUUCCUCUCACUGUCGGCAUUAGAAACCUGUGGAGUAUGGACCUACACUGAUUUUGCACUUAGUGCCAUCUUAGAUUAGUCAAAGAGAUUCGGUGCGUCUUGAACGCAUAUAAAAUUUUACAUUUAUCCGAAGAGAACGAAAGUAGAGUUAUUGCGGUGGAUGAGGCCAAAGCAUCUAAAGACGAUAGCUAAGUUGCGAGGCCAAUAGCGGGUAUACGUGACAAGUAGCAAUUGUAUCAUCACACGAGUAUAGGCCCCAUCCCCAUGACACAUGCACGUGGCGUACGCAGCGAGUCAUCCAAGUGUUAACAUUGGACACAACCACUACCGAUACGCACGUGCCUCUGUCUAAGACCCACCAAAAAGCACCAAGUUCCCUCUCAAACGUUUUUCCAAUCAGGCAAACCAAAAAAAAUCAUGGAGCACAAUGAUGAAAAAAUGAGUAUACGAGCUAUACAAGAUGGGUCGUUGCGGCUCCGGUUGUGGUGAGAUAUCCUGAUGAUCGUGAAUUCGUGAUGGUCCUGCUGCUCUCGGGGAUGGGAGAGGUACGGGGGAAGCUAUUGUCACUGUGAAAGAAGGUGUUAAUUUUUACUUUUUCAUAAAUUAUUAUUUUUUUCACGAUUGAUGUUAUAUAUUUUAUAUGUGACAUCAUAUAACUAAUCACAUAAGUAUCUGAAUAUUUUUAGGUUCAUAUACACAUAAUCGAAUCUGGAUCAAAUUGGGUAAUAUAUACUUUUGGUUAUUUGGUUAUUUUUAGUUUGGAUUCAAAAUACAUGAACCAAAUCGGUUAGUAUGGUUACUUUUGGUAAAAAUAUCCGAACAUGUUUCAGAUACAUUAGUUUUUGGAUGUUUUUAGGUUUCUAUACUUCAAAACCGAAUUCAUACGAACUUGGAAGAUCCGACUCGAAAUCCACUCGAAAAUUUAUAAUAACUGAAUGAAGCUUCAUUUCAAAAAAAAACAAUGUCCGAAAAAAUAACUCGUACCUAAACAUGUAGCCGAAUGUUUAUGCAUAACUGAUUAUAUUAACAAAUAUAUAUAAAAAACUCUUUGUUAACCAUUUUGAAAAUUUGUCACAGAUUGAGCAAUUUUAUUCAAACAUGUCGAAUUAUUAUGGUUAAUAUGUAAAUAAAUGCUGUCAAAAUAUUAUAGUAAAGAUAAUUAAUUAAAUAGUUAAAAAGAGUGAGAAAAAAUGUAAAAGAUAUAAUAAAACACUUCAAAAUAGAUAAGUUCUGUUUUAUAAUUUUGUAAUAAAUAAAGUCUAAUUAUUUAGAAACACAUAAUAAAUGAAGUGUUUUUUUGUUGUAUUUCAGUUUUAAUGUAAUGGUUUGUCAAACUCAAUGUAUAUCAUAGACCGGUCCAUUAGGCUUUUGGUUUGACUUUUGUAAACUAUGGAAAGUUUGACAUAGGACUCAUAUUGUGAAAGCCACCGAGUUUCCUAACAAAUCCUUUUGUUACUUUCUGAUAUUAAUAAUGUUUAAACUAAUAUACUUUAUUGAUUUAUACAGUUAUUAGUUUAUAAAAGUUUUCUUUUAAAUUUUUUUAAUUUUUUUCUAUUUUACUUAUAAAAUACGAAAAUAGUUUAUUUUACUGUAUUAAUUAAAUUUUAGAAAUUAGACUUUCGUAUUGUUUCACUAUAUUAUUUGGUGUGUAUUUUCAUAUUUCAUAAAUUCAAAUGUGGUUUUCAAUAUAAUUUACUAAAUACUAUCCAAAUAUAUUAAAAAUUUAAGACUUGAUACAUCAUUAAUUAAAUUAUUUGGUGUAUAUUUUGACCAUAAUCAAUCAUAUUAUUUCGAUUAUAAUCAAUCAUAUUAUAAUCAAUCAACUUUAAUAAAAUAAUAUAAAAAUAUAAGUAAAAAUUAUAUAAAAUCUAAGUAAAAAAUUAUUUUUAAAUGUGAAAUUAUGUAUUAACAAUUAAUUUUAGUAAAUUAUGAUUGACUAAUCUUUAAUAGUUACUAAUGCAGUUGAAUUAGUUACAUUUCUAUUAACAUGAAAGGAAUCCAUUCACAUUGUAAUUGUUGAUUUAUAACUUUAUUAAGUUUGUAUACUCUUGUUGAUGGUUAGAACCGGUUAUCAAACACUGAAAUAUGACACAUUUAUAGAUUGAUCAUGAUAAGGCACGGUCAAUAACUUAACCAUUUCCGAAAACAAAUUCUUGUUGAUUACUAGGAUGAUUAAUUAGCUUAGUAUACUGUUUUUUGAAGCUAGUGAACAUAACCGGUACUAAGAUAAAACAAUUGUGGAUUGGAGGUAAAAAUUGGUAAUGGGCCUGAAAUCGAUAACAAAUCAGGAGCCCGAAACAGAAAUCCCAACUAGUCUAUGUCACCAAAACAUUUUCUUUUUUCUCAAUUAAACUGCGUGUCGUUUUAAGCGCACAAAAAACGACGCGUGCAUUGUCCUUUCCCGCCACAUAGAAAGUCCCCUCAAAAUCGAAGAGCCUCGCCGACUACGAGCAUCUUUUCUCUCAUCUUCCCUCUCUGGCGAUGGUGGCCAAGCGGAACAGUAAGAAGCUACGUCCUUCGAAGAUCUCAGAUCCAGACACCUUAUUCCGUUCUCUCGCUUCAUCUGUUGCUUCCGCCGCUCAGGUUUCUAAGCAGCCAAUCUUGAAAAAUCUGUUGUGUAUUCUGGGUAAGCUGUCAUCAACUCAACCGAUAAACUGGGAUAGUGUCAACGUUGCCUCGCAUUAUUGGAAUCUCAAAUCCAGUGGAGAAUCUGUCAGUUUCGUUGAUGUUUGUAGCCUCUCUGAUGUGUUGUUCACGGAGCUUGAUAGGAGUUUCAAGUGCAUGUUCUCUACUUUAAGCAAAGAGAGUUGUUACACGUUUGCAAGUGGAGAGGAAAGUAUCGAAUUGGCCAUACUGUACUUAAGAUGCUGUAUGAGGAUCAUCACUUUACUUUUGCCUGGACACGAUAUGGCUCUGGAGAAAGCGAAAGCACUUCUCUCAAUCCUCAGUGGUUUGAUUUCUGCAACGUAUGAGGGUACUUCUUCUUCUGACGAGACCCGCCGUACGUUUCUUUGUACAGGGCUUGAGGUUUUCAUCGAUGAGGUUUUGGUGAAUAAGUCAAUCAGGGAUCUGCUUUUCCGUGUAGAUCCUGCAUUCUCCUCAUGUAUACUGUUCAGUAAGCAUGACAUGGCCGGUGUGGUGGAAAUGGUUUCUGCUCACUUUAUCUUAUCAGUUUCUGAUGAGAAACUAAAUGAGAUGUAUGUUGAGAGAUUAUACUGGAAGCAAGUUAGUCCGGUUAGACCACCUCAGUUAACCAUGAGUGCCGCUACGUCCUUGCUGCUAGCCCCCGCGAUGUUCUCUGCACCAAGAAUGAUUCACGCCUAUGUGGUUUUAUUGGUCUCUGAUGCCAUCGGCAUUUGUUGUGUUAAAGGAUUAGACCUUCAGCUUUUUGAUAGAUGCAUCGAUGCAUUUGAUAAGUCUGUUGUUCUGUACACACGGUACACGUGUAAGGAUGAGAAUGACCCAUCUGGGAAGUUUGGUGUUUCGACGAGUAGUUCUCGGAUGAGAACAACUCAUCUUCUUUUGCCCUCAACACUGGAGAAAGUUAACGAGGUUACAGUGAAGCUAAAGGAUUCAUGGGGCUCAUAUCACAGUAGCAAUGCCAGGAGAGAAAAUGAUGAGUUGGUAGCGUGUUCUGUAGCAUACGCAAAGGAAACCCUAAGUGUAUUUGAUAGCUCCUACUCAGAAAAUACGUUGUCACAGAUCUUAUCAGUUCUUGGUUGCGAGAUACUUAGAGCUAGUUCUGAUGAUGUCAUGGACUCCGUGUUGCAAAAGUACAGCGCAUCUAGUGUCGAAGAUCUAUAUCUGCUUGCAUCCAUACUAAAGUUGAUGAGCUGUUCGACAUUGCAAGUCAUCCGGGUUCUCCAGCAUCGAUCUAAAGACGUUGGAGAUGUUCGAUCUUGCAAGGAAUACAAAUCCAUGAUGGAUGUUGUUCAACGUUUUGAAAAGUUCAGUGUUCACUUACCCGGCCAAAGUUUCCUCCACGAUAGAAUGGAAUCUCAUCCUCAUGUACAUUUGAAAUCUAAAUGGAUGCUUAUGCAUUUUUCUGGCUUACUGUCCGUAAGCUUUGCACUUAAGCUUGACUUUCUGAUGAAGGGCUCCAUUUUUGGGUUGGUGGUAUCUCUGUAUUUAUUUAUCCUGGAAGGGGGUGACUUGGAAUCACUUGUGCACUCAGAAAGUCCGUCACCUUCCAUACCAUCCAAAGACUUGGAAGCUUCUGGUGAAGCUGAAGAGACUGCAGUAGAUAGGAAACUGAGCGAGGCAAUUGCUUUGAAGUUCCAAAAAACCCGAACUUUGUACUUGGGGAAGCUGUCUGGAGCUAAAGAUGCAGAGAAUGGUUCGGAUUCAGGAGUUGGUGUGGAAGAGAAAAGCUGCAAUGGGGAGAAAUAUCUGUGGUUAUUGGGCGAAAAAGGCGACAUGAAAAGCAGCGACGUGGAGGACCUGGCAGAUUUCAUAGUGUGCGAGCCCGGGAAGGAUUAUAGCGAUUGGCUAAAAGGGAGAGAACGGUUUCGGAGUAAAAAAUGGAAGUGUGGGAAGACUGCUCUCCAAAGGUGGAAGAAGAAGCAAAAGGCUUGGAGAGAGAGAGCAAAAGGAAUAUAAUGUCUGAAAAAGUAAGGCUAAUGUAUAUCUUUCGUAGUCGAAAGAGUUGUAUCAUGUAGUAUCUCAAGGAUCUUAAGUUACAUUUUCGACUUACUAAUUGCACUUAUGUAGAAUUGUGAUUUUCUAGGAACAUUGUCACAGCUAUAAAAUGUAACAAAAACUGUUUUCUUUCUUCAAAGUUAAAGCCUCAACAACAGGAGAGAAGAACAAAGUGAGAAAGUAAAAGUACUUCUAAAGGGACGAGAGUCUGCUUGUAUGUAAAUGAGGCAUAAGCUUUAGAGUCUCAUCCUCAAAAGAAAGCUUUGAAAGGUCCCAAACUACAACAACGCAGCAUCGCUUGAUCACUACGUUUGUUCUAGAGAGCGUAGUAGUAACCCAA